CUCACCGGUGAAGGUCACAGCCACAAGGCUGCUGCUUGAUUUAUCGAACAACUUUCUCGUGAACCAGUGAACCACCACCGCGGUUCUUGUUUCUUCUCCGUCUUUUACCAACCCCCAAUUCGAUGUAACAUAUAAAUGAAGCCUCCACCAAUUACCUUCCCCGCGCCCGAGAUUGCCCCUUCAACGUAAGGUUAUCUCAUUGCUGCGUUUAAUUAAUGUGGUUUGCAUUUCCCACUGGUUUUGUUCGGUUGCUUCGAGAACUGUGUCGAGCCCUUCUUUGUUCUGUCGCCUACUUUUUCUCUUCUCCUUGCGCUCCAGGUGUUCGACGAAAUGCCUGAGCCAUGCUCCUUUUCACCAACGUAUUACCCACUUCUUAUUUCUUCCCCACACCGUUUGGAUGUUUGAGCCCUGGCGUUUUUCCCUCCAUUGUCUUCGUUUCGAGAUGCGGCGGGAUGGCUGCGACAGAGAGGAGGUGUUCGCUCUUGUCUUCAAAGGGUAUGUUUUAUGGUUGUUCUGGGUUUGUAAGGAGGUGCAAAGAUUUGGAUAGGGAAGGGAAUUUUGCAUUGGAGGCAGAGAUAUUGGAGUUUAUGGAAAGUUCAAGAAACCCAGAAGCGUUUCCGAGCAAGAAAGACUUGAUUGAGGCCGGCAGGGAGGAUUUAGUGGAUGCUAUAGUCAAGAAAGGUGGUUGGCUUUGUCUCGGAUGGAAUUUGAACGACGAAGAAGAUGGGGGUAUUGAACAGCUCUAUCUCGAGGAUCGGGAAUCUAUCUUGGCCACUCAUUGGGAUAGUUUUGGUGAAUUCAAUAGUUUCAAGAGUGAUGAAAGACAAAGAUUUGCUACAGAUGUUUCUCCCAUUGCUUCUUCUUCGACAUCAUCUUCCUUCACCAGCCGAUCACAGGUGUGUUACAGCAUGCCAAUGAAAGGAACCCUGAAUUUUUACGACAACAAGAUGUUGUGUCAGGAUGUGAACGACACAAACUUUACUAACAGAGAAACUGUUGUUGAGCACGAGUCUGGGAUUGAGGGUAUGCUGAAUCGAUUGGAAAGAGAAAGAAAUGUGACGUUCGGGACUGGUAAAAAUUGUUUGCAUCCUGAAACAACAGUAAAGGAGACAGUUGCUGACCUACAAGAAAUCCCUAUCAGCACGCCACUGAGUGCCAAAGAAGGCAAGUGGAACAAUUUGGGGAGUUAUCUUAGUAAGAAUUCUUCUCCUGUACAAAUUAAUGGUCAAGGAGGCUCGGUUAGUUCUGAGGUGCAGGGAACUUGGAGCACAUUCAAGACAGACCUUCCAGACGGAGAUUUUAAAGGUUCAGAAAUGGCUUUGAGCGAGGGAAGGAGCAGGGAAGUAUUGGAUGUCCUGAGAUAUGAAACAUUAGGAUCUAGAGGGGAUCCUACCAAUUCUAACUCUGGCGAGGAAGAAAUGAGUCACAAUCAAAUACAACGUCACAUUCAGAACUUGCAGUUGGAGCUCUCAUCCGUAAUCGGCUCAUUGAGAUCUAAUUCAUUUGCGUCUGAGAAGGGUCAAAGUAAAUCUUCUGAUGAUUUGCUGGAGCUUUCGGAUGCUUUUGAGUUUCAAGAAAAUGAGAUCCUAAAUGCCAAGGACAAGCUACGGUCUAUACGGGCAAAGAUAGCCGUGGUCGAAGGGAAGAUGGCACUGACAAUUAUUGAUGCACAAAAGGUGGUAGAAGAGAAACAAAAGAGGAUCAAUUGUGCCCGCAGAGCUUUGCAAUUUCUUCGCACUGCCUGCGUGGUCUGGCCUAAUUCUGCAGCAGAGGUUCUCUUAGUAGGAUCAUUUGAUGGUUGGUCAACCCAGAGGAAGAUGGAAAGGUCCAGUACAGGCGUUUUCUCUUUGUUCCUGAAGCUGUAUCCUGGAAAAUACGAGAUAAAAUUCAUUGUUGAUGGCCAGUGGAAGAUUGAUCCGUUACGCCCAAUUGUUCGCAGCGAUGGAUACGAGAAUAAUCUACUGAUCGUCACGUAGCACACCAGGCUGUUUAUAUUCUUUUUCUUGCCUAGCCCGAAGAGCCGGGUGCCUCAACUACCCCUUCUUUUGUAGCGUUUUCGUACGAAUUAUACAUGUAUUUCUUUCUACUUCCGACAUCCAGUUUAGGUUUCUUCCUGUCUCCCCCACGUAUUUGCAUUUCUCGCUGAUGUAAAAAUAUAGGUAAAAUAGAUAACAAUUACUUCCCCGGAAUCAGUUAGCUCAAUAUAAUCGUUGAUGUUUUAUUUCA